AUGGAUUACGGGUGCGGUGCGGCGGCCUUCUGCGAUUCAACCCUGGCCAAGUUUGAAAAACCGCACUGCCUUAAAUGUGAGAAAUGUCACUGUGACGAUGUUUGCACGUUGUAUGGCGACUGUUGCGUUGAUCGACUAUUCGACGAGGACACCGAUUCCCUGAUAGUACCUACAGCAACUUGUCAGCCACAACACCCGAGAGGAAAACAGAGUGAAGUCCCAUUUCUGUUCAUGAUGACUUCCUGUCCACCAGAUACACAGACUGACAAUCUGACUAAAACAAAAUGUGAAAGACCGUCCAGUUCCGUCUUAAGCGAGUCGACACCAGUGUCUGUCCGGACGACUCAGGUCACGUAUCGGAACGCUUACUGCGCCUCGUGUCACGGUCAGACGUACUUCAUGGAAUGGAGCCAUGAAGUGAGCUGUUCAAAGAGAGACAUUCUGAGGACAGCGGAGGACAAGGACCACCUCUGGGCUUUGGUGAUGACUAGUCCAGCCUGUACGGUUAAGAGCUUCCCUCCUUUGGAUAUAAACACAAGGAAUUGUUUCAGUGGACUACAAGGCAAUUGUAACGUGAAAAGCAGUACAAACCUCGAUGUUAAAGUCCAGAAACUGUGUGGCAUGUUCAACCGUCCAGUAAAGGAGGCAGGCACCAAGUACAAAAAUAUUUUCUGUGUUUUGUGUAAAAGACAAAACAUUUUGUCCAGAACGGAAUUAUGUAGGGAAGUUGGGGAAUUCGAUCCGAUUGAGAAGACCUAUCCAUUGAGUGUUCUCAUUGACUUCAAUCCGAAACCUAGGCUAGUGGCGGACCUGCCAGUGCCUGAGCAGGUGGCCACAGUCAAGUGUAACUACACGGAACUCUACGAUCCUCUGUCGGAAAGUUGUCGGAAAGCCAAGUGUUCUUACGGGCGAAUUCGGUCAGGUGACACAUGCGAGCUUGCCCUGCACUCUUCUGCUGGCGUUGGUUAUUCGGGAUCCCUGGCGCUAAAAUUCACAGAGAAACUUAACUGGGCAGAGUGGAACGACCUUGUGGAACAAUUUACCAGAUCAGAACUGCACAAAUCUCUGCAAAAGUUCUCUCCUUUUAUGUUCACCGAGAUGACACGCUCAAUAUAUGCUUUACCUCCAAAACUGGAUGGCUUUCUUAUCACUGAGGGUCAAGCCAGUGGGGCUAAAAUAGACUUCAACUUUGUCUCAAUUUCGUCAGCAUACAUUCCACAACUAGAAGACGCCCUGAAACGCGUCCACUCGUUGGAAUUAAAGAACUACACGGUCGGCGAGAAGCGAGGUACGUUAUCAUCGUUUGGAUUGCCCUGUCCUUCCAAGAUAUCUGAAGUUCUGAAUGGCAUACCGAGAGAGACAUCUAUCUCCAACGAUCUGCCCUUUGCGGAGUGUGAACUUCCGGGCCGAUAUUGUGACUUCGACUCCGUUACUUAUGAACCAGUUCUUCACAUCUUGAACUGUCCAUAUCUGGAGUUUAAUCUCUCGGACUACAAUAUGAAAUUGGAUUUGGAAAACUCAAGUUUGGAAAUUUACAACCAAACAAUCCAUCUGGAAAAAACAGAUUUCUUGUCAUGUGGAGACACCAUUAAAAUUUGCUCUCGCGGUCUUUCUGAUAUUUCAGAGACAUUGAAGUCCCCAGUCGAUGAGAACAUCCCAGUCAAUGGAAACAGGUUAGUCGUCAGUGUGUCUCCGGCCUUGACAGUUGUCUCUGUCGUGUGUAUCGCUCUGUCUUUACUGUGUCUCUUCUUGACAUUUUUGGUGUAUUGUCUCUUACCUCAGCUAAGGACAUUGCCAGGAAAAAACACCAUGGUGCUGGUUGCAUACCUGUUCUGCGCUCAGCUGUUUUUUCAGGUUGGCAUCAAUCUCACCUACAACAAGAACCUUUGUCGUGCUAUGGCUGUUUUCAUUCAUUACCUCUGGAUAGCCACCUAUAUGAGUAUGGGCACGUGUGCCUUCCACAUGUACACUGUGUUCACUACUAUGUCCUUUAAGUCAUUCCAAAAUACAAUUCAGGAAACCAAGAAAUUCAUACGAUAUCUGAUAAUCUCCAACGCCGUGGCUGUACUUAUCGUAGGAGUAUGUAUCGGUUACCACGCUGGAUCUUCAGGAGGAAGAGAAAUUGGGUAUGGAGGCAGUAUUUGCUUUAUAAAUACCUCAUUAGACAUUGGAAUUUUCUUUGCUGGACCUCUGGCAGUCGUUCUUGUCUUCAACAUAUUCUGUUUCAUUAGGGUGGCCAUCUCCAUUCGGAAUGUGCCCAACAUGAAAACAGCAAAAAUCCAGGCGAACAGAAACCACGCAAAGGUGUACUUUAGGUUGUCCAUAUUGCUAGGCUUUACAUGGAUCUUUGGAUUUGUAGCUGUAGCUUUACAGCUGGAAGUUUUGUGGUAUAUUUUUGUGAUACUUAACGGACUUCAGGGGGUCUCUAUUUUCAUCGCCUACUGUCUCAACAGAAGAAUUCUGAUCAUGAUGAAAACUCUUUGUUGUGGGAAGACAUCAGACAAAUACAGUAAAGCACAGGUUAAUAGUCCAGUGGCGAGUACGGAAAGUUCGGCAUUGUAG